UAUUGCUGUCUGUACAUAAAUACAAGUUCUAUUAACUGUUUGCAUGUUCUGUGGUUAUUGUCAACAGGUGAAAAGAAAUAUUCCAGUGUUCUUGGCUCCUUGGAGGGCUUCUCCGUGUGCCUUUCGAUCCUCCAGAUCUGAACCCAUGCCAAAUCUAGCCAGUGAUGGAGUUGUCUGUGCUCCACUUCAGACAUUCACCGAAGAGGAGACAAUGCUGAAAAAUAUGGUGACAAAGUUUGCUCAGGAACGAGUUGCACCUUUGGUACAGAAAAUGGAUGAGAAUUCAAAAAUGGAAGACUCUGUAAUACAAGGAUUAUUUGAACAAGGGCUGAUGAGUAUUGAGCUUGGGGAAGAAUAUGGAGGAACUGGAGCUUCGUUUUUUUCCAUCAUAUUGGUGGUAGAAGAAUUAGCCAAAGUCGAUCCAGCAGUAUCUCUUCUAUGCGAACUCCAAAAUACACUAACAAAUAAGUUGUUUACCACAUACGGAACAGAAGAACAAAAACGAACUUACUUGCCCAGAGUGGCUAAAGAUACAAUAGGCAGUUUCUGUCUUUCGGAGGCUGGAUCUGGCAGUGAUGCUUUCUCUUUGAAGACUCGGGCUGAAAAGAGAGGAGACUACUAUGUCAUCAAUGGCUCAAAGAUGUGGAUUAGCUUAGCAGAACAUGCAGGAGUUUUCUUCGUGAUGGCAAAUACAGAUCCAUCCUUAGGAUAUAGGGGAAUUACAUGCUUCAUAGUAGAUCGUGACACAGAGGGGCUACAUGUGGGGAAGAAGGAGGACAAGCUUGGAAUCAGAGCGUCUUCUACCUGUCCAGUAACGUUUGAAAAUGUUAAGGUUCCUGAGACCAAUAUCCUGGGACAGGUUGGACAAGGCUAUAAGUAUGCAAUUGGAAUGCUAAAUACUGGCAGAAUAGGUAUUGCUGCACAGAUGUUAGGACUGGCACAGGGCUGUUUUGACCACACAAUUCCCUAUACAAAGGAGAGAAUCCAGUUUGGGAAAAGUGUAUUUGACUUCCAGGGAAUGCAACACCAGAUAGCUCAGGUGGCCACACAGUUGGAGGCAGCCAGGUUGCUGACCUACAACGCAGCCCGUCUUGCGGAAACAGGAAGGCCGUUCAUAAAGGAGGCAAGCAUGGCCAAGUACUACGCUGCUGAGGUUGCAACACUGACAACCAGCAAAUGUAUUGAAUGGAUGGGUGGCGUUGGCUUCACAAAAAACUACCCCAUAGAAAAGUAUUACCGUGACUGCAAGAUCGGUACAAUAUAUGAAGGAACUUCAAAUAUCCAGUUGAGCACCAUUGCAAAAAGCUUAGCAAAGGAGUACUGAAACCGGAAGGACUCAGGACUGUUAGCAGAGUUGUUUCUCUGAACAUUCAUUGUGUAUUACACAUUUGUUUGUAAUCAUAAAAAUCAUUAUUAACAUCAUAAAUAGGAAUACCUGAUCACAGAUGAAAUCAUAAGGAAAACCAUGAGCUCGUUUCAGAGCAGUGAGUGUGUAAUUCAUCUGAAAUCCUGAAUUCCACAUUCAAAUCCAAAUUGUGAGUUAAAAAGUAUUUCUUUCUGCCUGAGGGACUUCUAAGCUAACACACUGGCUGGUUGCCUUAGGUUCUGCCUGCAGUGUGUCUCCACUUUGAGACUUUAAAGUGAAAACAAAAGAAGCCAAAUCCUUGCCUUGCCUGGUACGAAAGAUUCUGUUAAGCCAUCUGGGAGACAAGACACUACACACACAGCAGAACUGUUGCAGGGUGUGAAGCUGCUGUUUGUUCAUGGUGCCCUUUAUUAGCAUGGAGAAGAGAGAGAAAUAGAAGUGAUAGUUUCCUCUCUCCCAGGUGGAGUGAUGUCUGUGGAGCUGCUGUAAUUGGAGUAAUUUUUAUAGCAGCCCUCAGUGUGUUCUUAAGUAUAUCUUGGUAAUUAAGCCCUUCCAGCCCCAAUUUGUAGUACUGAAAGGUAGAUAAUAUCUACCUCUCUUUCCAGCUUUCUUGGCUGUUAAGGGUUUUAAUCUAAGAGGCUAUUUAUAGUUUUCCUUUCAGAAAAGGUUGAGUUGAAAUCUGUGUGAAAUUGGGUAAAAAAAGCUCUAGUAGUUCUGCAAAAAGACAGAGAUAUAAGCUAGGUAAUGGGAGUGCUAUGAUACUACCUCACAGUGGCCUUUCCAUGUUCAAUGUAUUUUACAAACUUUAACCCUCAGAGCCCUUCUGGGAGUUAGGGAGGGACUGUUAAUUUGCAGCCUAGAAAACUCACUCAUGGAAGUUAGUGGUUUACUGGCAAAGUUUUUCUCCUUUUGAGAGAAAGAGAGUGGGAUUUGGGGAAGUAUUUGCUUUUCUCUCUGUUUAUUUUAUAACCAGACAUUUUAUUUACAGUAGAAACCUCUCCAGUGCUGCAGAUGUCAUUAAAUAAGAAUCAAGAGAUAGAAAGCUUAAUAUAUGAAAAAUCAUUAUAAUUGCUGUAAUUGGCAAUUUGCCUCGAGUGUUCUGGGGAGGGAAGGAUUGGUUUUGUGGUUUUGGCUGACUUAGGAGAAUCUCAGUCACUGAUGAUUCACUUGGAGUGGAGUUUCCAGUGUUACAGGCUGAGAGUCCUGAAGGAUUUUUGAGCAAAACUGGGAUAAAUGACACUUAACAAGUAUCGUUUUGUAAAACAAGCAGAUGCCAGUGCCUUCUACAAAGAAACAAGCAAGGAGGAACAGCACUCUUACAGACUUUCCUUUCUGUCAGCUUCAAAGGUGUUGCUGCCCAUGGCAGGGGGUUUGGAACUAGGUCCUUCCCAACCCUAACUAUUCUAUGAUUCUAAGUGACUGCUUUAGUGAAUUAAUCCCCCUACAUGCACUCUUUGCCUGUUGAUAGGCAAGGAAUUAAUGUGGUAAUUCUCAUACCUAUAGGAAAAAAACCCUCCCGUAUCAGUUUGAGCAACAGCUUUGACAUUUCCAACAAUAAAAGAGUAGGAGGGGAGAUGAGAUGAUUUCUGAAGUUUUCUUCUAGCAUUAUUAUUACAAUUAUUACUGUUAUUAUUAAUGCAUUUCAGGUUGUUUGCAGGCUUUCUGUCAGCUGAACUGGAAUGGCUGGGGAGAUUGUUAGACUAGAAUUGAGACUACAGAUGCUGCAACAGUGAACUACAGUUAUUCUGCUCAAUAUAGUCUUAUCUGCAAGUCUAAAAUGAUCAUAACCACACUACAAAAUGCUUGUGUUAAGGUUGAUUAAUGUGAUGAGUUGUGCCAAUGUGAGGCAGUCCUUAGCUGCAGCAGUUUAGGCUGCUUUGCUGACGUGUGCCAGCAGAGAUCAGGUUUUGAUUCAUACUUGUUAAUAGGUCUCCUAGUUUGGGAUACUAUUUUAGCUUGGCUUCUGCAGUUUUGCAUGAGGCUAGGAAGUGAGUGGCAAUACUUAACUAGGUACUAUAGUGCUAAAAGCAAACCCUUUAUGAAGGAAGUGCAGAGCUCUUUGAAGGACUAUGAAGGGCUGGAUACCCAGGUUUAUGUAAAAGGACUGCUUCAGUCCAUGAAACAACCUGAACAGCCUCAUCAGCUACUCGACAGUUCUCAGAAAUAGAAGGUCAAGCCUUUACCUAAUGUUACAGCUGUAAAUAUUCCACAUCUCUCAGUUCUAUAUACUGUAUUCUGUACACAGUAACUGUUGAAAGAAGUGUCUGUGUUGUAUUUGAUUUUUGUCCACAAAAUUCUGUGAAGGAGCAUGUGUACAAAUGAAUUAGAAUCACUGACUUUCUUUUAUCCUUGUUUUAAAAGGGCAUGUACUAUUGUGGAGAGCUAUUCUGGGAAGAGGUCACUUGCUUCAUCCCCUUAAGUCUGAUUCCAUUGCUGCACUAAAUGCAGAUGUUGAUUUAGUAGUAAGAUGUGCUGUGCUGUUGUGCAGGAGCUGUUAAGAGCUGCCUGCAUUCCCCACCCCGUUCCAUUUGGGACAGGCAUUUGUGGAUAGUCUACAUUAGGCACUGUAGGCACAGGUCUGGUGGGGGUAGCUGGGUGCACCAGUGGCCUUGUGACACUCUGAGGCUUUGUGUGCUAAUGACAGGACUCAAAGCUGCUUUAUAUUCCAUAUGUAUUUAUACAGCUCGAACAGGUUGC